AUGGCUCCAGCCCAGCAGACUGUGGAGACAGCAGGAAGACUUAUAAGGAGGGAUCUUGGCUCCUGCAGCCAUUUCCCCUGCAGGGCUGAGCUCUUUGGCUGGCUGGCCACUUCCUUAGCAGAGGGGCUGCUGGCAGGGGCAACAUCUGAGCAGGUCAUGAAGCCUCAAGAGACUGAGCUCGUCACUGAAAUCUCCAAGUUGCAAUGCAUGGUCUCGGAGCUGAAGACGGGGUUCACCAGCGCUCUGCUGGAGCUCAGUCAGAUCCAACAUGGAGACACGUACCUGAGGGAGGAGCUGGAGGACAACAGGAGGAGCUGCCAGAAGAAAGCUCUCCGUCUGGAGGCGCUGGUGGAGUCUCUGAGGGAAGAGCUUGGAGUGAUGAGGUGUCAGGUCUUGCAGCUGUACAGUAACAGACAGAGACCUCAGCAGGAUGGAAAGAGCUCCUCAUCCAAACACAGAGAGAGCAGCGAUCCAGCAGAACCGGCCUGUGGGUGGAGGCAGUGUGACUGUUCUUCUGCUCCACCCGCCUGUCUGUCCAGAGGGAAGCUGCUCCUCCACUGUUUCCUGCAGGGCCUCAAAGCAGGACUGAGCGAAGGCACAGAUGCACGACAUCAGGUGGCGAUGCAGCUUCUACAUUCUGAGUGGGAGUACGUGUCAUAUUUAAACCAGCUGUAUGAUAAAUACAAAACACCGCCAGCUCACCAGAUGACUGUGGAGCCGUAUCAGACAUAUCUGAAGUUUGUGGAGCAGCUGUUACAGCGACACCUGCUGUUCAGAAACACUCUGCAGGAGAGAUUAACCGCUGAACACUGGAAGUCUCUGGUUGGAGACAUCCUGGUGCAGCUUAUCGGACAAAACGAUACAGCCUUUUCAGACAUGUACCUUGGAUACACAACCACCCUGGCAUCAUUCCUCUCGCUGGAGUUCAACAGAAUAAAUAAUUCUGAGAAAAUGCAGAAAACGCAGAGCGGCCAGAUGGAGAGAGAGGAAAUGAAGCUGCUCUCCCUGCUGUUGGCACCUGUGUCACGUAUCCACGGCUACCUGAGCCACAUUCAGAGCCUGCUGCAGUGGACGGGUAAAGAGCAUCCUGACUGCAGCCUCCUGCUGGGAACCGAGCGAGCUCUGAGGAGCCUUUUGUCCCGUUGUCAUGUGAUGCUGGAGGAAGACGUCCGGUGGGAGGAAGGAGAAGAAGCUGAGCAAAGCAGCUGCUCUGAUGCAGUGGCAGGUGGAUCCUCUGCAAAGUGCUGCACAAAGAGCCAACAGACCAGAGAGGCUCAGCGUCAGGCCAACACUGCAGCUCAGAGAGACGACCAGCAGGCGCUCAGUAACGGAGUCGACGGAUGUCACUCGAUGCGUCUGGAGUGCUGGUCCUGCAGCCCGGUGAGGAGGAAGGGCUGUGGCAGAGACCUGACCCUCCUGAACCAGCCGGCCCGAGACUGUGGACACGCCCGCUGCUCCCUCCUCACCCCCGACGCCGCAGCAUGGGGAGAGCACAGCGACUCGGGCCAGGGCACCUACAGCCAGCUCACCGGGAAAGGCACCAACGGGCUGGAGGCACCACCUCACGGCCACCGCGGCCUUGUGGACUGCGAGACGGACCAGGACGACACCUCGGCCUUCGACUACUCCUCCGUCUCCUCCUGCAGCCCCGACCCCACCCUGCGCAGGGAGACGACGGGCAGCAACAGUGGUGAGGAGGAGGAUGAGGAUGAGGAGGAGGAGGAGGAGGAGGAGGAGGAGGAGGAGGACAGCCAGGUGCCGGUGCUGUUGAAGCCCUCAUACAGCCAGCAGCAGCAGCAGUCACGGGAGGCACACAGGGAGAGGACUGUGUGUCUGAGGUGGCAGAUUCCCAGGUUGACCCCUCACCCUCCUCUGAGAAGCAGUGCAGGGCCGUGUGGGGACGGGCCGACGCCGUGCCUCGUCAGCUCCUACGGGAAGAGGCUGGUCAAUGUCAGGAAGGGGUCGCCUCCUUUACACCUAAAAAGUGCCUUCAGGCCCAUCUGGGACGAUCCAUCCAAACAGGCUGAUGCAGCUCCAGAGAAAGACAGCAGACAAGGCUUCAUACCGAUUCAAGCUCCAGCGAGGCAAAACUAUCAGAAUUUCAACCCGAGCAGAGAAAAUCUGAGACCAGGCCUGUCUGUGCAGAGAGGAAACCACGCAGCAGGCCUGAGCGGUGGAGGAUUGUGGGAGGACAGUGAGGACAGCGAGGGUCCCUGCAGCACCGUUUGACCCCCGUUUGACCCCCGCAGAGAGGACUAUCAAUAAAAUAAAAUAAACUGUUCCACACAAAACUUUGAGGUCACAAACGUAAG